GUGCGUGGCACCGCCCCCUGGCGGAAACUGUCAGCCAUGUGGCGGCUGGCGCGGGCGGGCGCCGCUCGGUUAGCGGCGGCGGGGGUCCCGGCCGCGCCGCUCGGAGGCCACGGCGGCUGGUACGAGUGGUGGUCGCAGUCGCCGCCUGUGCACUGGGCCGAGGGCGGUCUGACGGCCCUGCAGGCGUCCGCGGGGCUGCCGUGGUGGGCCGCCAUCGCCUGCGGCGCCGCCCUUCUCCGCACCGCCGUCACCUUGCCGCUGGCCGCGCACCAGUGCCGGCUCCUGGCGAAGCUGGAAAACUUGCAGCCCGAGAUUAAAAACCUGGCUGAGCGCCUUCGCUAUGAAGUUUCUGUUCGUGGAAAGCAACUGGGUUGGUCUGAAAAGGUGGCCAGGUUCCACUAUAAGAAGAAUCUGCGGAGAAUUAUCACGGAGCUGUACAUUCGAGACAACUGCCACCCCUUCAAAGCCACUCUGCUUGUGUGGGUGCAGGUUCCAAUGUGGGUCUGUGUGUCCCUCGCUUUGCGCAACUGCAGUGUCGGUGCCACGAGCUCUGAAGUUCAGGAGGCGUUCUCAGCAGGCGGAGCGCUGUGGUUCACAGACCUCACGGCACCAGACUCUACAUGGAUUCUGCCAGUUUCACUUGGGCUUGUGAAUUUGCUGAUAGUGGAGAUCUUUGCUGCACAAAAGAUAAAAGUUUCCAGGUUCCAGAAGCUUAUUACAAACUUCUUUCGAGUGGUGUCAGUAGUAAUGAUCCCUGUUGCUGCGACAGUCCCCUCUUCCAUGGCGUUGUACUGGCUGUGUUCCAGCUUCGUGGGACUCUCUCACAACCUGUUGCUGCGGUCUCCAGCCUUUCGUCAACUGUGUUGGAUACCAAGGACCAAAUCAGAAACAGAUACUCCCUACAGGGAUAUCCUGUCUGCCUUGGCUACCAAAUACAGUUUCAAGAAAUGAUGUAGUUGGAAAUCUCAGAAGAGCUGUCCCACAGAUCUUGCAGGGAUAAUUAUGUUUUAUUGAGAUAUACUUAUUUACUGUAAAAUGUUGUAGCUGGGAUUAUCUUUAUUUUCCAAAUAAAGAGCUGGCUGGCCAUAAAAAAUG